UUAUUCUUCCAGUUCAUACGAGAAAGAAGUUUCAACAUAGUCUCCUCCCUCCUGGCUUAUGACCCUUCAUUACAGGCUCUGCUUUCCAUGUGCUACUUUAAGGUUUGCUACUGCACUGAAGCACAAUGUAAGCCGCUUUGGAUAAAAGCAUCUGCCAAGGCUCCUGCAGAGGAGGUGCCACUUUUUCCUGCCUGGUUGCGAUCGCUGCUUGUCAUGAGUGGAGGGGGCACAGACAUGAAAUGAGGCUGCGUGGAUCUCACUCAACUCAGCCUAAAUGACCACAAACGGUUAACGGAUGGAUUAUAAGAUGGAUGGAUAUUUGGACCAGCAAGUGCCUUACACUUUAGCAAAUAAGUCGCAAGGAAAUGGGCCCCUAAAUAGACUGUUGAUGGCAGCGAAACGGAAAUACAUGGACACAGAAUUACCCCCUCAGGAAUCUGAAGACCUCUUCCAGGAUUUAAGCCAACUCCAAGAGACAUGGCUCACAGAAGCUCAGGUUCCUGACAGCGACGAACAAUUUGUUCCUGAUUUCCAUUCUGAGAACUCGGUGGCAUUUCACAGCCCUCCUGUCACUAUCAAGAAGGAACCGCAGAGCCCAGGCUCCGACCCCAGCCAGUCCUGUAGCCACAAGCAGAGCUUCAGCUACCCCAAUGGAGAGCAGUGCCUUUAUGCCAGUGCCUAUGAGCAGAAAAGGGCUGCAGGAGGAGCUAAGAGCUCCUGCCCAGGGACCCCCAUGUCUCCCAUGCAGCAGCAUUACUCCCCGAAACCUGCCUCAGCCGGACGGCCUGAUGCUGGCUACAUGAACCCUGCUGCCACCUCCCAGCCACUGCCCAGCAACAGUUACCCCAUCAACACCAGUUCCAGGUAUCAGGGCCCUUCAGGAGACCCCAUGUGCCCCCAGUUCCCCCCACCAGGGCAGGCUUUUCAGCGUAUGCCAUCUGCACCAGCAGGACAUGGUGCCGGUGGAGCUGGUGGAGGCGGGGGUGGAGGGCCAGGAGGUGGAGGUGGCGGCAGUGGCGGCGGUGGUGGUGGUUAUCAUCGGCAGCACUCUGACCCCUGCAUGCCCUACCUGCAGCAGAGCUUUAAGCAAGAAUACCUGGACCCGCUGUAUGAGCGGGCGGCUCACAUGGCAGGACCUGGGCACGGGAGCGGACCGGGACACGGCCACGGCCAUGGACCUCACCCGCACCCCCACCCCCACCCACAUCCACAUCCGCACCCGCACAGGUUCCCACCAGCCCACAUGAUGGUCAAGCAGGAGCCCACAGACUACACCUACGAACCUGAUGUGCCUGGAUGCCCCUCUAUGUACCACCACAACGAGGGCUACCCAAACCCCCAGCACAGCAAUGAAGGCUAUCUGUUUGAAAAUGACUCUCGUGUGGUUCCUGAGAAGUUUGAAGGUGAGGUGAAGCAGGAGGGGGGUGGCGUUUUUCGUGAGGGCACACCUUACCAGCGCCGUGGCUCUUUGCAGCUCUGGCAGUUCCUGGUGGCCCUGCUGGACGACCCAGGCAACGCCCACUUCAUUGCCUGGACCGGCCGCGGCAUGGAGUUCAAACUCAUUGAACCCGAAGAGGUUGCCAGGCUGUGGGGCAUGCAGAAGAACCGUCCAGCCAUGAACUAUGACAAACUCAGUCGCUCUCUGCGCUAUUACUACGAGAAGGGAAUCAUGCAGAAGGUUGCAGGGGAGCGCUAUGUUUACAAGUUUGUCUGUGAGCCUGAGGCCCUCAUCUCCCUGGCUUUCCCUGACAAUCAGCGGCCCAGCCUCAAGGCCGAGUUUGAGCGCUACGUCAACGAGGAGGACACAGUGCCCCUAUCUCACCUCGACGAGGGAGUACCCUACACCACAGAACAAGCCCCCCAAAACAUGGGCCCCCAGCCCUACUCCAAAGGCUACAUGUACUAAAGCUAGCCCCCCCCCCCCCUUCUGUCCUUUCUCCUUGCCUUCAGAAAUCUCUCUGUUGUACCAACUCAUCAUCAUACACACCCUGAGACCCCAUGCACCUCUUGCACAUGCCCACCCCAUCCACUUGUAUAUAACGCUAUGGUGUUUUUGUUUUAAAUUAAUCUCAUUAGGGAUUUUUUUUUUGUUUUUAAGAGCUGCAUUCCUCUCACAUCUGAGUACUAUUCAAUCCAUAAACAUGACUGUGGUUGAAAAGAUUGCUUAAUAAAUACCCAUAAUAAUA